CUAUCCUUCAGUUAGAUUUCCGACCCAGAUUAACUACCCGCUAACUGUGGUCGUAUGGCGUCGUACUCGGACACUCAUAAUGAGAGCCACGACGUUAAUGGCUUUCAGAAGUACGUCCUGGAAGGCUGGGACGAAGAAGCAUAUGCGAGAGAAGCUGAAAGCGCCCAGGCACCUGCCAAAAAACCAUUUCCGCCAGCGGUGAACAUCGCUCACAGCGGUGGCGGCGGGCACAGCUAUAGCGCCAGCGGCGAGACGAACGACUACGGCGGCAAUGUUGAUGAUUUCGAGGGCUAUCGUCUGUCUACUUGGAACGAAGAGGAAAGAAGGCGCUGGAUUGAAGGCGAAGAUAUAGGACCACCCCCGUCACCAAUCAGAACGCCGGCGUCUGCAGAGACUCGUUUAGCCGCGCUAGACGAUGCACGCUAUCGUCAGAGCGUGGGCGCAGCCGUAAAUGGGAGCAUUGCCCCUCCAGGAAUCGCGGAAUCCCCUUCACAAUUUGGUGCGCGCCAACCACACGUCAUCGAUUCUAGCCACCAGCAAGUCCAAACUCGAAGCAACAACUAUCGAAAUAGCUGGGAACACCAUGACGAUGAGUCUUCAGAAUUGGUCCGCACCUCAUCAAAGUUUGAACGCGAAGACGGGCACGCCGAGCUGGGUGAGCCGCCUGCGCCAUAUCCACACUACGGAAGUAUGUGUGUCCCUCUGAAGGAUGUCAUCAUACACUUAAGUAAGAGUUGCAGAACGUCCUGGGCAAGCCAACGUGCAUCAGUCACUUGAUCACGAUCAUCAAAUCAGUCAACUUCUGUCUUUGGGCGACGGCCGUCGAAACAGUCGAGAAUACAAUCUUGAUGGGCUUCCCAGAUCCGCUCGCGUAUCACCUAGGUCUGGGCAUGGAGAUGAAUACGUCGACCAGGAUGGAGGGCAUGCGGGACACCAAUACUCCACAUACAACGCAGAUGCUGCUCUGCUCAGCACCCGUCAGCUAAGCACCCAAAGCGGAGAAUCGAUAUAUGAAAAGUAUCGGGGACCAUACCCGACGCUCUAUGAUGCAGUUGGACCCCCCGUCCUGUAUACGCCUCCAGCACCACAUUUUGGUGGCG